AUGCUCGCGCUGCUGCGUCAAUGCGGCGCUUUCCGCGCGCCUGCGGCGGCGUCGCGCCUCGCUCCAACUCGCCUGCUCUCCGUGUCGCCGCGCAUCUACGAGUCGUCGAGCGCCGCGCCGGCGUCGUACGCGCUGCCCGUCUCCGACGCGCUGCUCGCGCGCGUGCCCGAGAGCGUGCGGGCGCGCGACGCGGACGUCGUCGAGGCGUACCUGUUGGACGCGCUCCAGCUGGGCCUCGGCGCGCUCGAGCGAGUGGAGGGCGCUGGCGAGGCGCGGCGCGUCGCGGCGGAGUUCGACAGCCUCGUGUCGCGCCUCGACACCUGGGACGCGCGGCUGCGCGAGCGGCUCGACGCGGCCUUCGCGACGCGCGACGCGCGGACGACGGCGGCGUUGGAGUCCUACCUCGGCUCCAAGGGGCGGCUCGAGGCGACGAUCGACGGCUUGCGCGUGAACCUCUCGGACCCGACGCGGUCGACGAGCCUCGUCUCGGCGACGGCGGCCUCCGUGUCCCAAGCCUUGGAGAAGACGACGUCGGACGUGCGCCGGCUCCUCGACUGCGCCGACUCGUCGAGCGAGCUGGGCAAGUUCCUCGCGCAGCAGCGCGAGGUCGUCGCGAGCCAGCGCGGCGUCCAGGCCGCGGCGACGGCCGAGUUCGUCGGCGAGCUGCGGUCCGCGUACAAGGACCUCGACGCGCGCCUCGCGAGGACGCUCGAGGCCGUCGGCGCCGAGGACGUGCGCCGCGCGGACGUGAAGGGCCGCGCCUUCGAGCUCGACGUCUACGACUCGCUGCUCGCGCUCGCGUCCGUCGGCGGCGACGGCGUCGAGGACACGGCCUACGAGGCCGCCGCGGGCAGCCGGUCCAAGGUCGGCGACUCGCUCGUGACGCUCCAGGGCGGCGCGGCCAGGGUCGCCGUCGAGGUCAAGAGCGGCAAGUUCGCCAUGGCCGGCGCGACGUCGCUCGAGCGGUCCCUGCGCGACGCCAUGGACCUGCGCGGGGCCCAGGCCGCCAUCGGCGUCGUCCGCGCGAAGCACCUGGGCAAGCGCAUGGGCUGGUACACGGCGCUGCCGGGCAACGUCGUCGUCGUCGCCUUCGAGCCCGACGUCGAGCACGGCGCCGUCGCGCUCCAGUGCGCGUACAAGGUGCUCCGGGCCCAGGUCCUCGCGGACGCGCUCGCCGCGCGCGACGGCGACGGCGAGGACGCGGCGGCGCUCCGCGCGGACGCGAUCCGCCAGCGCGCGCGCGACAUCCUCGCGUCCCUGGACCGGCUCCGCCGCAUGAAGAAGAAUGCCACGGAUGCGGGCGGGAUGUUGAACGCGCUCCGCGUCGACCUCGACGACCUCGACCGCGAGAUCCGCGGCGCGCUCCGCGAGAUCGACAGCGACCUCGCCGCGGCACCCUCGGCGCCGCGCGCGGCGGCGACGACCGUCGGCGCCGCGCCGCGCUGGGUCGACGGCCCCGGCGACAUCGAGGAGGCCGCCCGCGUGUCCAAGUUCACGAGCAACGCCGUGAGCGUGCUCUACUUCUCGGCGCUCGCGUCGACGCACGCGUCGGCGCUGUCGACCUUCGAGCUGCUCGCGGCCGCGCUGCCCCGGUGCGAAUUCCUGCUCGCGGAGAAGAACAAGGACAAGGAGUGCUGGGGCGCGUUCGAGCGCUGCGGCGACGUCGAGCUGCCCUGCGUCGAGGUCUUCCACGACGGCGCGUCGGCGGGCGUCGUGGGCGUCGGCGAGAUGGCGGGCCUGCUCUCGGACCUGGGCUACAGCCCCGGCGGCGGCGGCGGCGGCGGCGGCCCCGCGUCGCCGUCCGACGGCGCGAAAUUCUUCAACAUCGCCGAAGACCUCUGGGAGCGCAGCGCCGACUCGCGCAACGACCCCAACUUCCGCGGCAAGGUGCCGCCGCCGUCGAACCGGAAGCAGGAGCGGCAGAACGCGCAGCGGAACCAGCCCCCGAAGGCGCCGCGGACGACCGCGUCCUACUUCCCGGGCGCGGGCAUGGGCCAGGCGCCGCCCCCGGGCAUGGGCGACACGAUCAAGAAACAGCAGGACGCGGAGCGCGCGGGCAUGGACGGCCUGCCCCCCGGGGCGCGCGUCGUCGACGGCGACGACGGCGCGAAGAAGUCCCCGAAGCCCAACAAGGCGGGCCAGGCGGCCAAGAAGGAGAUCGAGGGCCUCAAGAAGAAGUUCGACCAGAUGGCCCGCGACAUGGGCAAGGACACGGCCGAGGUCCAGAAGAAGCUGAGCCAGCUCUCGUCCGACGCGAGCGAGCAGGCGUCGCGCGCGGCCGACGAGGCCAAGGCCAAGGCGUCCGGCGGCGAGACGAAGCGCGCGAAGCUCGACCGCCUCUUCGCCAUGGACGCCGACUCGUCGGACGCGCCCGCCGACGAGAACCUCAGCGACUUCGAGGCCUUCCUCGAGAACCGGCGCAAGGGCGGCACGGACGCGGACUUCUACGCCAAGCAGAAGGGCGCCGAGGACGAGCCCGGCGCGGGCGACGACGACGACUGGCUCGGGAAGAUCAACCCGUCCGACGAUUCGGAGGUCGUCGUCGGCAGCCUCGGCGACGGCCUCGGCUCCGUGAACCUGCGCACGGGCGAGCUCGUCGCGUCGUGGCGCGGCGCGGCGGCGGCGCCGGCCGACGCGGCCGUCGUGAGCGUCGCGGCCCUCGGCGGCGGCGCCGUCGCCUGCGGGCGGCGCGACGGGUCGCUCGCGGUGUGCGCCGUCGACGGCGCGACGGGCGCCAUCGCCGAGGGCGCCGCCGCGUCGACGGCGACGCCCGGCAAGGCGCUCCACGUCUGCGCCUGGGUCGGCGCCGGGGAGCGCUGGCUCGCCGUCGUCUUCCAGCGCGAGGGCCGCGGGGGCGCCAAGGGCGGCGGCGUCGAGGUCCGGCGGCGGCGCCUGCCCUGGGACGAGAGCGGCGCCUGGGAGAGCGUCGACGACAGGCCCCCCCACGGCUCGGAGCGCGGCGCGGGCCUCUGCGCGCUCGCGUCCGGCGCCGUGCUCGUCUUCGCGGGCCGCUACCAUUUGCGCGCGUACGCGCGCGAGCCCGCGGCGUCCGGCAAGCGGAAGCGCGCGGCCUUCGCGCACGCCGAGUGCCAGGAGAACCCCAUCGAUGUAUUGGCGGCCUGCGGCGCGACGGACGUGGCGACGGGCCACCGCGACGGGUCCAUCCGCGUCUGGCGCGGCGUCGCGGCCGCGGCCGGCGCCGGCGGCGCUCUAUCGGCCUACGGCGUCUACCACUGGCACGCGAGCGCGGUCGGCGCGCUCGACUGCGGCGACCGGGGCGACGUGCUCCUCUCCGGCGGGUCCGAGGCCGUGUUGGUUGUGCGACGUGUCGCGGUCCGCGCGUGCCGGUCGCCCGCGGUGCUCGGCGGCGCCGACCUGUGCCUCGUCGUCACGAAAGACCGGGCGGCGCACCUCGUCGCCCUCGGCGGGUCGCUCCGGCGGCUCUGGACGCGGAGGAGCGUCGAGACGGCGCCCGACGCGGGGCUCUUCGACCUCGGCCCGCUCGGCGUCGCGUGCAACGGCAAGGACGGCGCGCUUCAAGUCAUAGACGAAGCGAGCGACGGCGUGGCGCGGACUUUGGAUGUCGUGCCCCACAACCGCACGUCGUCGGCCGCGGCCGCCGCCGUCCGGCGGCCGCGCGUCGUCCUCGCGGCGGCGUCGCGCGACGGCCGCCACGUGGCGACCGUCGACGAGUGGCGGCCGCGCGCCGCGACCGGCGGCCAGGAGCUCAAGUUCUGGGAGGCCGACGGCCGCGGCGGCUUCGCGGCGGCCGCCGUCGUCCGGGGGCCCCACGGCGCGGGCGUCUCCGUCGGCGCCGUCGGCUUCCACCCGCGCCUCGUCUGCUGCGCGACGGCGGCGCCGGACGGGCUCCGCGUCUGGGUCGAGCUCGACGGCGCGGCGGGCCGCUGGACCUGCGCGCUCACCGUGGCCCACUGCGCCGGCCACGGGCCGCCGCGCCAGCUCUGCUGGUCGCCCGACGGCUCCGCGGUCGCGUGCCACCACGACGGCGUGCUCGCGGCCUGGGACCCGGCGUCGGGCGCGCUCCUCGCGACGCUCGGCGCGCCCGACGCCGCCGCGACGGCGCUCGCCGCCGGUUUCCUCACCGCGGCCGACGGCGAGGUGUGCCUGGCCAGCGUCGACGCGACUCAGGUCGCGUGCGACGUCCUCUCCGUCGCCGGCGCCGACGACGCGGCCGCCGACGACGCGGCCGCCGACGACGCCGCGCGCGGCUGGCGCUACAGCGCCAAGGCCAAGGCCGCGGCCGUGUCCGGGGACCGCGUCGUCGUCGCCGUGCCCCUCGAGCCGCCCGCGGCCGCCGUCCUCGUCUUCGCCGCGGACGACGCCGCGCCGCUCUUCGCGUGGGACGUCGUCGCGGUGCCCCGCGCGCUGGCCCUCUCGGGCGCCGGCGGCGUCCUCGCGGCGUUCCCCGACGGCGCCCUGCUCCACCUCGCCACGGAGGCGCCCGCCGCCGCGCCGACGGUCGCCGUCGCGCCGCGCCGCGCGGGCGGCGUGGAGGUCGUCGAGGCCGGCGACGGGCCGUCGUCGCCGAGCGCCGCGCUCGCCUUCGACGCGCUCCUCCGCGUCGACCCGGCGCGCGGCGCCGACCUCGACGCCCCGGACACCGCGUCGGGCGUCUGCGAGCUCCUGCUCGCGGGGGCCUACUACUAA